ACAGACUUUCUUGAGGAAGUGGACUGAUGUGUCAGGGAAAUUGACUGAUUUUAACGGCGUGUUGAGGCAAAUAAUGGCCUGGUGUAGUGAGCUGUAGCCACCAGAGUGAAGCAUAGCGGUAGUCAGACCUGGAGGCAACAGAACCCUACUGGUUAAGGAAAAUUCAAGAUGAAGGCCAUAAUUGAUAAUAUUGAGUGCCAGCGGGACUCUCCAAGAUUCCGGCAAGUACUUGAAGAAAAUGAAAAGGACUUGGACAAUUUGGAAGGCAAGCUUGAGAAGGUAGUAAAGCAAUGUAACCAGAUGGUGUCAGCAGGAAGGCAGUUCAAUCAGGAGCAAGAACAACUUAUUCAUAUUCUAUGGGACUUAGCAGGAUAUUUCGGCAAUGACACCAGUGUACAGUCAGCCUUGAAUCGCAUGUUGGCUGCCUUGGGAGAAGCUGCAAAAUAUCAUGCAAUAUUAGUUGACCAAGCUGCUCGUGCUGUGACCAAGAACCUCGCAACUUUUAUAAAAAAUGAGUUACGUUCUGUGAAAGAUCUUCGACACUACUUCGAGAAGGUGAGCGGCGAAAUGGACAGUGUCUUACAGCGUUCUUCCGGUGUAUCCCGUUCCCGUGCUCAUGAUGCAGACGACAUGAAAAACCUGGUCAUAGCCACGCGCAGAGCAUUUCGACACACCACUGUUGAUUAUGUCCACGCGAUAUCCAUAGCACAGGGGAAAAAACGUCAUGAAGUGGUUGAUGCUCUUUUAUCAUACUUAAAGGCAUACAGCACCUUCUACCACCAAGGUACGGAUCUCUGUGAUGACCUGAAACCUUCCCUGGAUAAAAUUGGCCAAGAGGUAAAUUUGAUGAGACAAGAAGUCAGUGAUCUGGAAAAGAGCUUAGAAAACCGACACACAGAUGUCACAGAUAAAGACUUAGUGUUAUCAUUGGACCAGUUGGACACUAGCCAGCCAGUCACAAUGCAUGGCUAUCUGUUUAAACGAACUACCAAUGCUUUCAAGACGUGGAAUCGCCGUUAUUUUACUCUCCAAAAUAACCAGUUGGUUUACCGCAAACGAUCAGGUUUACGAAAGUCUGUCAGGAACUCAGGAGGAAGUAAUCUGCUCAAUAGUCGUUUGACGCGAGCGCACGGAGGAGAGGAAGUAACAGUGAUGGAAGAAGACUUACGUCUUUGUACUGUUAAACCCGCAGUCGAGGUGGAUCGCCGCUUCUGUUUUGAGGUUGUCUCUCCUAUGAAAUGUCACAUGCUUCAAGCAGAAAGUGAAGACAGUUAUGAUUCCUGGAUAAGUGCCCUUCAACGAGGCAUUGGACAAGCCCUGCAGUUAAGUCCUCAUGACAAUUGUCACGACACAAGGCUAGACACCCCUGGCUCCUCACCACACCCACAGAAGGGACCACUGACUCCUGCCACACCAGGCGACUCCUCCAACAACUCCUCACCUGCCACCACUCCCCAGGCACCUACUGCACAGAAGGCUCUAUUGUGGCAAGAAAUAAUGAGCAUUGCUGGGAAUGAUCAGUGCUGUGACUGUAGUGCCAGUAAUCCACGGUGGGCCUCUAUAAAUCUAGGAAUUACUCUUUGUAUUGAAUGCUCAGGAAUCCACCGUAGUCUUGGUGUACACUACUCUAAAGUGAGAUCCUUAACGUUGGAUGCUUGGGAACCUGAGGUGUUAAAGGUGAUGGGAGAGAUGGGCAACAACACUGUCAACGGUAUCUACCUGGCAACAUAUGCCCCAGGUGGAGGUACUGGCCCUCCUGUGGCUAAACCAGACAGCCAAAGGUCAGUACGUGAAGAGUGGAUUAAGGCCAAGUAUGUAGGACGUCGUUUUGUGAAGCCACUGCCAAUAGCACAGGUUGAAUCCAACUCUUCCUUACAAACUUCCAGUUCUCAAGAAAAUCUUCAGUCUCAAAAAACUUGGAGCAUCCCUCGUAGGAGACGGCACAUACGUCGCAGGAAAACUCUGCAAGCAUUGAAUGCUGAGGAAACUUCCAGUGCUGAAGAAAAUUGCAGUAGCCAAGAAGAAUCUCAAACUGAAACCCCAAAUGUGACUAAUAGCCCAGUAGCAAGCAGUUCUGGUUGUGAUGACUUGUUAUUACUCGACAUUACGCCUUCACUCCCAGACAGGGUGUCUGAAGAUCUCUCUGGCUUAAGUGAUGACAACUCAACAGAUGGUGAAGAUCCCACUGGCCAUGUAACUGUAGAGCCGUUGUCAAGCAUAACUCCCAACCUGGUAUUGUUCCGAGCCUGUGAAGCUCAUAACCUGGCAAUGAUAAGCUGCUGUUUAGCAUUGGGAGCCAACAAGAAUUGGCAUAAUCCCGCCGAGAGUGGACGGACUCCGAUGCACCAGGCAGUUAUAAGUGGUUCUGUAAUGGCGGUACAGCACCUUUUAAUAAAUGGGGCACGUCCUAAUGAGCAGGACGCAGAGGGACGCACACCUUUACAUCUAGCAUCGCUAAAGUCUAACAUUGGCCAGGUUUGCUUGUUGCUUAAGCAUCGGGUUGAUUUGAACAUAACUGAUAACGAUGGUCAAAAGGCCAUCGAUCUAGCACUUGAAAGCAGUGAACCAGAUGUUGUAACACUAUUACGUGUGGCUAGUCUCAGUGAGCACAUAGAUCGUGAUGGUGGUGGUGAAGAUAACAACAUGCUCUCAGAUUUCUUGCGGGACUUUCAAGAGAAAAUGGUCAACCAAGUACACAAUAGAGCUCGCCAAAAUGAGGUUCCAUAAAAUUAGACGACAGAAGGUCUACAUUGAGUGAUAGCCAGCUCAUCCCUAAAGCUAGAGUAAUUGGUCUUGGCUUCAUGAACUAGUUUGUCUGUGCCACCUAUAGCAUUGACAGUGAUACUGCCAAGCAGUAGAUGCUAUUUACAUCUCUGUUCAAGGUAUUUUUUAAUAAUGUUGAAACUUAAGCUUUCCAUGUCAUGUAAAGGAAAUAUAAAUGCUUGCACAAUAUUAAAAUACUGUAUCAGGAAGAGCUUCUUAAAGUGAAGUACAGUACUAUGGUUGGUCAUUGUGCAAAAUGUGUUAUGCAAGUUGAAUAAUGCACUGUCAAGUGUAAGUAAAUUCAUAUUGUCAUCCUAAAUCUUUGUGCUGGGUACAAACACCCAUAAGAUUCUCACAUCAAGAAUUACAACUUGCCUUUAUUCUCUGUACAGUUUUACUCCUGAUAGGAAAUGUAGAUAUUGUAGCCUGUGCUUUGAAAAUUAGGCAUGGUUUUUAUUCAGAUUUUUAGACAGUAUUAAUAUUUCUUAUUUACAGUUAGUGACAAAGUUUAGUGCUUUGUUAUGUGAUAGCCAUAAAAUUUAUCUUAAAAAGUAAAAGGUAUUAACAUUGAACUUUAAUCAUUUUGCCUCACCUGAGUCUGUGAUUGUGUAUCAAAGAGACUACUAUUUAUAUAUUUACAGAAUCUAUCAAAUGUUAGUGAAAACAUGUCUGUUGCUGAAACUAGAUUACUAGAAUUACUUACUACUGUAUGGCAACUAAGAUUAACAACUCAAAAGUGAAACAAAAUAAAAUUACAAUAAACUCAUCCUUCUUGCAUAGGUGGUGUUACCUGGAAAAGCAGGAGAAUACAUGAAAGUGUUGAUGGAUCUCUUGUAAAUUUAAGUAAGAAAGUUUUAAAGAGACUAUGGAGGGAUAGUGAUGUUAGUAUACUGUAUGUCAGAAGUAGGGAGAAAAAAAAUCAUAAUGUUUCUCUUAUUACAAGAAAGAUAAUUCAUAUAUUAUGGGUUUGACUUAUAUUGUAUAUUACAUUAGGGACACUUGAGACUGAAAGAUAUAUACUACACUCAUUUAUAUUAAAUUUUGUAUUGCAAAACCUAUUUGUGUAUGGAAAUAAGAAAACAUAAGUACUGUAUUUGGUUUUGAUGCUGAGGACCAUUGGAACUUAAAAGCUCUUGUGUAAUUCAUUAUUAUUCUUGUGUUUAGAAUUUUUAUGAAUUGGGGACCUUCAGAGAAGUAAAUAUACUUUGGAAGUGUAGUUAAAGUUGGGGUAAAAUAUGCAUGUUGAAGGAUCUUGUUUGGUAAAGUAAAGAAAAAGGGAAAAAUUCAUGUAGCGAAUUAAAUUAAUUAAUUUUUUAAUAUCUGUUCUGUCGUUGAUUUCAGCUGCAAAAAAAUUUCUAUAUAAUUUUUUUUUUUUGAGGGGGGGGUUAUAAUUUAGGUACAGUAAUUGCAUUCAUAAUAUAUUCCAGGAUUCCUCAAGUUAAAACACCUUGCAUCAUCUGGGGCACUUUGUUUACAUAGUAUUGCAUAUAUUGAAGUAAAGAAUCAUUUGAAUUUCUAGAAGAGCUUAGAGAAUUGUUUCUUGCUGCUGGGAAGAAUGGAUACACUGGUCAGUAAUUCAACUUUGCUUCUGGAAAUAAUGAUGGUCGAGUAGUGUUCAACCUCAUUACCAUUUUUUAUAGAUUGUGGUGUUGAAAUUGACCACAAAAGAUUUACUUUAAAAUGGGUGGCAAGAUUGUCUUCCUGGACAAGAAGAAUUGUGAAUAAGUAAUAUGCUUUCAAGCUUUGAUUCUACUAGUUUUUGUCGUAAUCUCAAGAGAAGUAGAGGGAUACACUUUUGGUAGUUGAAGUCUGUAGUAGUAAAUGUAGAAAGAAUGAAGCACCAUAUUUGAAAAGCUGAUCUGCCAAAUUUUCAUAUAAUUUCACAGAUAAAACCAUCAGAACUCAAAGUAUCCACAUGUAGGGGCGUGAUGGCUUGAUUCAUUUUUGGCUCGUUUUCAUUUUUCAUAGCUAUAUUUUAAUGAAGGCCAUUAAUGGCUUGGGUAUAUUUCUUUCAUUUUUAGCAGAUUUAUAAUUGUUGUUACUGGAGUUUUCUUGCUUCAAAAUUCAUAUGAUCAAUGAAUAUUUUUUUCUUGUCUCAUUUUUGCAGACUUACUUGUGAUAGCAAAUGAUUAUUACUUUUAAUUGCAUUGAUAUUUACUAGGUAUCAGCUGCCAUGUCAGUUUACCCUGUAAUAAAGCUUGGACUGACUGUCAAAUCUUGUUUACAUACAUUGUCAUGACAGAACACCUCAUCUGGUGCUGCCACUCAUGAUAUUGUUCUGUAAUGAUCCCUGAGUGUGGAGGUAGCACCUUCUUCAAAGAUGGACGAUUAAUAACUGUACGAGGCUAGGCCACGUUAGGAAACCUGACUGUCAAACAUUCUCAUCUUGAAAAAUACUUUUCUGUAAAGAAAAAAAGUGAUUAACUGCUGGGCAUUCUAGAACAAAAAACAUCUGUAUAACUUAGUCAGAGUCUGCCUGUUUGUAGUAAUUGGGAGAUUCAUAUUUCAGUAAUUUCACACUUAUUGAAGUUCUGCAAGAGUUUAACAGUUGGGCAAUCAUUUUUGGGGAGGUAGUAUGUGACUAAUAUGCAGAAAUGUGAUGGCUGUUAAAUUUUUGAUGCAGUAUAAAAGGUUGAAGUUAAUUUGGGGGUAAAAGUUGUAGAGCUAAAAAUCAUUAUUGAGUAACACAUCUAGGGUUGCAAGAGUCAGGCAUACUUUUGAUGGCAUAUACAGUACAGUAAUGUGUAGAGAUUGGUAUAUUCAGAACAUUGGUCCUGUAUCAUAGUCCCCCACAGUAUUUUCAUAUUUGUUAUUUUUUUACAUUUAAACCUUAGGCUAGAUUAUUUCAACACUUUUCUUAUGCCCACAGUGAAAGGUAGUGUUUUGAUUCUCUGUCAGUGGGUAAUGAUGAUCAGGUCAGGAUUUCCAAGCUAUGUGAUUCUUGGACUGGAGAUUUUUCCUUGGAAGUCUUCAUCCAUAAGAGGUGUAAUGAAACUCUUAGAACCCAUUUGGGAUGCGUUAACAUGGACACUCGUUUUUAAAUUUCCUCUUGGACAGUGUGUUUGUUAUUUUAUUUAAGUGUUCAUAUUUCAUCAUCAUCUAGGAAAGUCAAGUGGCCACAAGUUUAUGACCCACAUCUUUAACUAUUUAACUGUAACCCUCAUUUCUCAAGUUAAACAUGCAGUUCCAUGUAAGAAACUUGUUCUGGUUAAGUCCACAGGCCAGAAGAACAUUGUUUUUGAAACACUUUUUUCUAUAAAUUGUUUAAUGCCAUAUUGAUAUAAGCUUUAUCUUUUGCUCUUUUCUUUUGAAAGUGAUAUUAGCCAGUCUCUUCAUAACCAAAAAAUGUAAGCUUGUAAGUCAUAGUUUCAAUAAAUUUUUUUUUAAAUUUCCUACAUCAUAAUAUAAGUACUGUAUUGUCACUUCCAAUUUCCUAACAAAGUUGAGAAUUGUGUUCCCUCCUAGUACACUAACCCCUCUGCACUGAGCAUUACACUGUUAGGUACUCAUGUUGAUAGUGGAAUCUUACCAAGGGGACGGUGUAAUUCACUGUCUACAGAAUACAGCUACGAGUAGCUUACCCCUUCGCCUUAGUGAAACAAUGGUCUGCAGAAGGGUUCUUACACCAUUGGUAUGUGCACAUGACAGUUUAUUUUAUUGUUAAGUGUGCCAGGGGUAGCACACAAGAAGGGAUCCUAGUCCUUCACUCAUAUCAGUAAUCACUCAUGAAUGUAUGCUUAAUGCUGGCUGACUGGAAGGAAAAGCAAAUGCACACACAUUCUUCUACUUUCAUUUGUUGUCAUUCCACUGUUGUAAUUGAUAAAGUGUUGUGGUACUCCACUACCACAACAGUAUUUAUCUCACAUACUGCUUUCAAACUCAUCAUUUCUGUUGCUUUUCAUUUGCUCCUACCUCUAGCAACCAGAAUCCAUACUUCACAUUCAUAUACUGUAAUAAUAUCAGAUUUCCAUUUCUUUAUAAGUCCAUAUACAGUACAGUACAUAUUUAUAUUUGUGUAUGUGUUUGUACUUUUGUAUUACUGAAGUGUAUAGUAUUGAAAGCAUCUUACAUUUAAUUCUGAACUUUAUUGAUUUGACGUUUCUUGAAAUCUAGAUUAUGAAUACAAUAUUCUACAAAAUAUAUAACCCUAAAAUCUUGAUUCGGGCUUAAUCAUUCAAUAUAUGACAAUAUCCCACACCUUACAGCUAUACACUUAUACUGUACAGCUGUCCAGAAUCUGCUUUUAGUAUACCAAUUUUCUGCAGGUUUUAAUUUUCAUAUACAGCUUUUUUAUAUCUUCUAAAUUGUUCUAAUAUAUUAAAGUAGUUUAUGCAGUUUGCAGAGGACGUUUCUUAGGUGUCGGUCACAGAGUUUCUUCAUACAAAAACAUCAAACUCAACGGCAUUACUUGAAUCACGUGAAAUUUGGAAGAUGUUUUAAUUAUUUAAAAAAAAAAAGAAUUGGAUGUACUUUUUACAUUUCCAUAACCAAGAUGCCAUUUAAUGAAUUGAAAGCCGGGGAUUUUGUGGUGAGUCAAUCCCAAAUAUAUAUACUGUACUGCUUGGAUUCUUCUUUAUUUACACAUACAGUAAUUAUCAGAGACUUCUGCAACGCUCAAUACAGCUGCCCACCAUUUUAUAUUUUAUUUUAUGAAUUGAUAAACAAGCUGAUGUUUUGCCUGUUUCAUUUAUACUAAUACACCAUAAGUUUCUAAUGAUAUGUGUGUGAGCCCCAGUAAGUUACGUAACUGAGUUUGAUAAGGGAGGGGUACCAGAUGAGAGCAGCCCUUUUGAUAAUUGGCUUACUGUCUUCUAUCAUUGGCUGUUACCUUAUUUUAAUGUCACCUGUCAGACACUUCUCUAGCUUUGGUGUCAUCACAUUAGGGACUUUAACACCAUGCACUACUGAAUGCAUCAGAUUGAAUACUGUUCACAAUAUAAUGAACAAAAGGAGUGAGCUGGGGUAAAGUUUAUAUAUACAGUAGUAUUAAUACUCAAUCCAAGUAGUACUGUACGUAGUUGUAUUUGCUGAAAACUUCAUACUUUUUGUCAACAUUUUUAUUUUAUUGCCAACUUUAUUUGUCCAACAAUAUACAGUGCCUGGUAUUCAUAUUGUAAAGUGUUAAGGACAGCAAAAUUUUGGGGUUUCGUUGACAAAGGUUGUCCCACACCUUCGUACAUUUGAUAGGUACACCUGCUUGCACUGCUCUUUAUCAUGUGUAGAAUACAGUAUUGUGGUUGAGCCUAAAACGCAUUACUUAAAAGGUAAUACAGUACUGUAGUUAGUAGCAAAUUAUUUGAGGCAGAUUUUGCAUGUUCCAUGAUGUUGAUUUUUUUUUACUGGGAAUAGCCCACCCGGACACAGGUCAUCGACCCACAAAGGGGCCUAGGGGGGCGAAAAAAUGAAAUUUUCGAUAGUGUUCCUUAUUCAGUAGUUGAUACUCAGAAUUCCUAUAUUGUAGGAGUUGUGUCCAUGCAUUCUGCCACGUUAAUGGCACUACUGCCCUGUGUUCAAUACCUGGGCUCACUGGGCUGGUUCCCAUGGCAGUUCUGGUUAAACAGUGAGAUAUAAAACCUCAAGGGGCACCCCUCCAUGCAUGAGGGAGCGGUUGCAUAUGUCAGUGUUUGUAUCUGGGUGAUUACAUACUUUUCAUUUACCGGACUUAUAAUUAGAAACACCAUUAUUAAUAAAGGUAUUCUGAUUAAAUGUAUGAAGUAACUUGUUCAUACGUGGCUAACCCAUGCAAACAUUGAAAAUGGCCAUAAAACACAUGAUGAUGAUGGUAAAGAAUGACUUUAAUAUAUGUAGUUUGCACUUUUAUCAAUGGAGACUUCCCAGUUGAUCAGAAAUAUAGGAAAUUGGAGUAUUAGUUGUACAUAAAACUUUAAUGUCCGAGACCACCAAGGAUUUUAUGAUAGCCCUUUCAUUACCUCAACUAAUAUUUUACACGACCAGUAUCUUAUCUUGUUAACAGUAUUGGUGCUUAUAACCUGUUAUUUCUUUCUUAGUGACCCCAUCAUGAAAGAUUCAUGUAUAUUAGAAAUAAACACUUGGCUUUAUACAGUAACAGUGUUUACUUGUAUAUUUGAUAAGGGAAUUAAAUCUUUGUCAAUUGAGUUUUGUGGUGCUACUCCCGCUGUAGACUUUAUUUUUUCUUUUUCCAAAAAUUCAUAGAAAUAUAGGACAAAAUCUUGAUGUAUGUUAAAUCUGCAUAAUGGUACUCUCAUGAUUAAUAGAUUUUGAAGGCCAUGUGAAAGAUAUGGUUUGCUACGGCUGAUAUAUUCAUCGUCAAAAUUCUAAUGUCUGGCAUAAUGUACUGCAGAUAUGGUAUUUUAAUUUCAGUUGUAUAUUCUUCACUUUGCGUCUAACAUGAUGGUAAAUAACACCGCUUUAGAGCACAUGUAUAAUUUACUUCAGUAUUCUAUUACAUUUCAUAAAUGUCAUGAUGUGGGUUUAUUUAAAAAAAAAUUAAAAGUUUAAUGUUAUCACAUCAAGCUUUAGGAGGGAUGUAAAGUUGUUUGUGGUCUCUUGUAUCACGACAUAGGUGUCUACUGUAUUAAGGAUACAUUUCUUACCAAACCUUCAGUGGGUAUUUACAGUAUUUACUUUCAAUAACUGUGGCACAUUAUUAUCUGGACAGUUAUUGGGAUACUUUACUGCCAAAAUGCAGAGAGAUGUUCCAUCAGUCCUCUAUAUGGGUAUGAAUGACUACAUAGGUCAGGAAAAUAAUUGCCUGUAAUAUGGAAAGAUGGUGAGGAAGGUAUUUGAUAAGAAACUUAAGCCAGCCUGCUGAUAGAAAAUUUUUAGUGAGCAUACUGUAGUCCCUGCAGCCAUACCAUGUCAUCACCACCAUCCCCAGACACUGACCCAGCAAGCAUCCCUGGCAAAGAUUUAAAUUUGCUGCCCCAGAUGAAUUGUUAUAUUAGCCUGUGGUGAAUGAAAUCCUUAAGUCCCUCAUAGAGGAUAAACUAAUAAUUUUUACUAUUUUCCAAUUAGUGACUAAUAUAUUAAAAUGUUUAUCAGUGCCUUCUUGCAGUAUAUAGCUUCUUAAUUCAAUGUAGGAAGUGAGACAGUAAUAUGCCUGUGGCUGAUAUAGAUGCUUUACAUAUGGAAUUAUUUUAUCAGCUACUGUAGUUGAAAAUAUAAAUAAGCUUCAUAUGGUUUUAGUCAUUAUACAAUAUUUAAUACAGUAUCAGUAUUUGCUCUUGUCUGACCUGCCUUAGUAGAUAAUUUUUAGACUUUUUCAGUUGAUGUCCAGUCUUUCAUACAGGUACUGGAUUUCACUUUGCAUUACUAUUUUUAAAAAUGUUUCUUUGUUUUUCAAUGUUUAUCUGCUUCUUAUAAUUCCCAUGGGCUGUUUUAACUAUUGCAAUAAACUGUAAGUAUCAUUUGUUUAAACUGUAGUGAUAUUGUAACUUUCACUACUUUUUGUUUCAUAUUCUUUCCCAAAACUUCAAAGCCAUAAUCUCCUUACAUCAUCAAUACUAACAGUUAAGAAACAAGGUAACAGCACCCAUCUUGCCUCACUUUAGCUUAACGUGGACACUAAUAUCUUUGUUAAACGAUUUCUCAUAUCCUGUUUUAUUUCAUUGCCUCUUUUAGAAAAAAAAAUUGCAUGCACUAUUAAUGUUAUAACCUAUAAUACCUUAAAAACUAGGUAAUUUGAUUCAUCCUAACAGGAUAUAAAUAAAUUACUUAUGUAUGUAGAUAAAUCGGGUGCCAUCAUGUUUUCCAUGUACAGUAUUCUGGUGGAAUUCUAAAGUGACAGCUGGUAAUAGAUAAACAUUGAUUAUAUACAUGGUACAUAAAAUCAAGUGGUCAUAGAUAUUAUCUAGUUUCAUAAUUAAUUUAAUUUCUUUAAUCCAGAUUUUUUGUUGAUGUUUGUUCCUGUAACAAAAAUAUGGUACAGUACAGUACUUUAUUUUACUAGAUGCUACAUUACUGUAGAGAAAUUCUAUCUUAUGACAAUUAUUUAGUCCAUCUUAUGACAACUAUUCUGUUGAAUACAGUACAGUACUGCAAAAUGAAGCCACACAAUUAUUAUCUUUUGUUUCAUCAAAUUGGAAUAUCACUAAUUACUCUUCAUAAAGUUAUUGCAAAGUAGUGAAGUUCUCAACACACUAGUAUUUAGGAUUUUGACAAUUCAUUAUACAAAGAUUGCAGUCAAGAGUUUCCAUUCAGCUUCACACAUUAUGAGAAUGACAGUGAAACCAGCACUUGUCUGGCCUUCCAGUACAGUACAGUACAAUACUACAGUUUUCCAUGCAUAGAUGAUUAAUAUUCUAUCUUCCAAUGAUACUCAAAUAGCUAUUUUAGGGAAAUGUUCCUAGGCUACAAAGCUCAAAGGUGUUUUUUAUUCAUCUCAUUUGGACCAAGUCCGUCAAGCACCAAAGAUAUAAAUAAAGAUAUAUAUAUAUAAAUAUAUUUAUGAUAGUUGUAGGGUCUGGUGUACAUGUUAAGGAAACACAGUGCUUCUAAACUUCAAUAAAAAAUUAUUAAUGUAUUGUAUCAUUCAUUGUAUUCAAUAGCGUAUUUGCAUUAUUUUCCUAUGUUCCUCCAUAAUGGUUGUCUCUAAAUUAGCAAUUAUUUCUCUCAUGUCAGUAUCUAUGUUGCUUGUAACCAUUUGCUUUAUGAAAUAUUAUACCAAGUUUAUAUUAUCAGUAUAAUAUGUUACUUGUCAUUAAAUUGCCAUAUUUAAUUUAGACUUAAGUAUACACUUAAUAUGAAUGUAUUGUUGCAAAGUUUUUUGUACAGUACCCACUGUAUAAAACUUUUCAUCGAGUUUUAUAUCAAACAUAAACCCACCAUAGGUAUUUAUUUUUAAUUUUUUUAAUUUUAAGUUAUAUUGAAGAAAGUAUUGUACGUAUAUCUCUCGGCUAGAAUGAUUUGAUGAAUUCCUUACUUUUUUCAGCAUUCCAUGCAUAUUUUUAUGUCACUUGGUAAAUUUGUAUCUACUGCAUUUGUAUGCAAGUGUUAUUGAAUGUGCGUGUCAAUGAUAGUUUAGGUAGCUGUUAUCAGUUGAUAAGUGACGACUGACUUCCUGCACCAUUCUGAUGAUGCAGUUGAAAAGUGCUUUGGUGGGUUUGUUUGUAUCACUUGAGCAGUGCCUAUACCUGUACAUGUAUAUUAGAAGGCUGUGUUUUAAGGGAGGGGGAUCUUUGUACUUUAGCAGUAUUUACUGUAGGAUUAUUUUAAACAUUUAAAAUAUUUUUGUUUGGGAUGUCCCUGGCCUGUAAAAGUUAAUUGAUAAGGAUAAUGUCUUAUUCAUGCAGUGCUUUCAAAUGCUAUUUGUGCUUUAGAUUAACUUAUUAAAUAUAAUCAAUGGAAAAGCAGCCGGUGUAAAUAUAAGCUCAACGGCAACCCCGAAAAUCAACCCAAUAAAUGUAGUACAGCAUAGUGUCUUAUGCUGUGGAUUAACCAGUAGUGAUUAAAAAUAUUUAAAGAUCAA